CAUCAGCCUGCGCGUCGCUGCCGGCGUAUCUGGCCCCGCCCGCGCGGCGGCCCGGCUCCUGUCACCGCCGGCCCGGCCAUGGUGCUGGCCUGUGGUUUGUAAUUUUGCAGCCUAGACUCGGGACGUGGCGCAGGUCCCGAUGGCGGCGGCGGCGGCCCUGGCGGCGGCCGACCCCGCACCCGCUGUGCCGCAGGCGGCGGGCGGCGGAGGGCCGACCUCGCGCCGAGACUUGUACUGGCUGCGUUCCUUCCUGGCUGGAGGUAUUGCUGGAUGCUGUGCCAAAACAACAGUUGCUCCUCUGGAUCGAGUAAAGGUCUUAUUGCAAGCUCACAAUCACCAUUACAAACAUUUAGGAGUAUUUUCUGCAUUGCGUGCUGUUCCCCAAAAGGAAGGAUACCUUGGCUUGUACAAAGGAAAUGGCGCAAUGAUGAUUCGAAUCUUUCCCUACGGUGCAAUCCAGUUCAUGGCGUUUGAGCAUUACAAAACGUUCAUUACCACAAAGUUGGGAGUUUCCGGUCAUGUACACAGAUUAAUGGCUGGAUCCAUGGCAGGUAUGACAGCAGUUAUCUGUACUUACCCUCUUGAUAUGGUUAGGGUCCGCCUAGCCUUCCAGGUGAAAGGGGAACACACUUACUCAGGAAUUAUUCAUGCAUUCAAAACAAUUUAUGCAAAGGAAGGAGGUUUCCUUGGAUUCUAUAGAGGUCUGAUUCCUACUAUUUUAGGAAUGGCUCCAUAUGCAGGUGUUUCAUUUUUUACUUUUGGUACCUUAAAGAGUGUUGGGCUUGCCCAUGCUCCUACCCUUCUUGGCAGACCUUCAUCAGACAAUCCUAAUAUCUUAGUUUUGAAAACUCACAUAAACUUACUUUGUGGUGGUGUUGCUGGAGCAAUAGCACAGACAAUAUCCUACCCAUUUGAUGUAACUCGUCGGAGAAUGCAAUUAGGAACCAUUCUGCCAGAGUUUGAAAAGUGCCUUACAAUGCGGGAAACGAUGAAAUACGUCUACGGGCACCAUGGGAUUCGAAGAGGACUGUACCGAGGCUUAUCUCUCAACUACAUUCGCUGCAUUCCCUCUCAAGCAGUGGCUUUCACAACAUACGAACUUAUGAAACAAUUUUUUCACCUUAACUAAAGCAAAAAAUUAAGGUUUGUAGUUGCUUUUCCUCAGUAAGUUCUCAGAGGAAAUUAGCUAAAAAUAUGUUACCUUAAAAUGUGAGGGAAGCAUUACUUGAAGUGGGACAUUUACCCUGUCACAGGAACCACUGGUAUUUUAAUACUUGAUUUCUUUUGUUUUUUAAAAUCACAAAUCAGAAGGGCUUAGCAUAGUUUUUUUUUUUUUUUGAGCUAGAAUCUGGUUAUGUAGCCUUGACUGGUUUUGGACUCAUUUUGUAGACCAGGCUGUCCUCAGACUUGUGGCAAGCCUCCUGCCUCUGCUUCCCAAGUACUGAGAUUAUAGGCAUGUGCCACUAUGGCUAGUUUAACAUACAUUUCAUUGCCAAACAUUAUACCUUAGAACACUGAAAAAA